GCGGCGUUGACUCUUUUGUUGACAGUCCUCAAAAUGGUGGAAAACUUGUGAAUCAACAUUUUUACCCUCGUUUUGGGCUUCUAAACAUUUUUUUAAAUUUGAAAGUCACACUGAAAUUGGAAGGACGAAUUUGGAAAGACAAAAUUGAUAGUAGAGCAAUUCCACAAAAUGCCAGUACAGGAAUUGUUUAUUGUUAUCGACAACAUUUACCAUGGAUUCCGACGCUGCUUCGGACCCGAAAAUCAGACUGAAACCAGAACGUUUCUCGCUUACAAUGCGAUGAAAAAAAUUGGUAAACGACGUCGCAGAAUAUUUAAAAGUAAACUCGGUUGGCAACAUGUGCGGAGGAAUCAUUUUUCCAGCAGCGAAGAAAGCUUCCAAAAUGUGACUGCCACAGAACUCAACGGGUAUUUCACCAGGGGCAAGUUUACAGCUCCAAUGACUGUGAGCCAUGAUCCCGAUAUAAGCCCUUCCAUUGGCCUGGUGCAUCGUCGGAGACUCCAGAACCGCCCGCUGAUGUUGAAUGCCCGGCAGGUUCUUCAAGUUCAGUGGGGCGGUUGGUGGCAGAGGUACUGGCCCACUCUCGUGGCAGCCAGUAUGCAGAUGAGCUGCGGAUCUUCGGUCCUUUGCCAUUCGCUGUUGGGGCUGUACGAUGACGAAGAAUCAAGUCCACCAAUCGUGGUGCUCAUUUGUCACUUUGGCCAGGCGAUUAAAAAGCUUUGCAAAAAGGUUGACUUGGCCAUUUGUAGCAAUGGCCGUAGUCCCAAUUAUGUGACCACUUCGGCUGCCAUGGAGUUGAUCGACAUUCGUGGUUUUUUUCAACAUAUUAACAAUGCCCUGGUAGACUUCCUGCUCAGAGCCGCUGAUUCUGGGAUGUAUAUGUUAUAGGCGAUCAAGUGGAUUACAAUAACUGAGAAAUCGGCCAAAAAAGUUAUGCAGAAAUUGGCAAAAUAAACUUUAAAAAUCCAGCUAACCAGCAUCUAAGCCUAUGGUCUAAUGCACUGAAACGAAUACUUUAAAUAAAUAAAUAACUUACAACUCCAA